AUGACCAAGGGCAUUGCCAUGAUUCUAGACAGCGAUAAAUCUUUCCUCGGUGGCUAUUCGAUGUUCACCGGAAUACUGCUUUUUGUUCUCGCUUUAGGUGGCCGGCGUGGCUUCUUCAAAGCCGAUCUUAACCAUUAUAUGGACGGCACCGCAUCUGAUUACUACAAGUGGUACCCAAAUACUGAUAAUGUAGAUAAGACUUACUAUGCUAAGACGGAUGGUGAAUUCGUUAUGGAGAUGACGACAAAGAAGAGUGAAACUUAUCAAAUGGACCAAAUCAAUGAUGGUAAUGAGCAUAUCUUCGUUCUCAAGCCUAGCUCUAUGUCUUUGAGUAAUGGUUUGCCAUCUUUAGCUAAGAUAGGCUAUAAAGAAAUCGACUAA